GGUAUGCAGGAAUGCAUGCUCUAAUGUAGAACACCUCAAUGUUGGAAAGUUCUGCCGGCAGCUUUGUCUUUCCUUGGUGAUAUCUACCGUUUGGAUAGAUAAUCACAAAGUUCAAAUUUCUGCACGACGUGAAAAGACGAUUGCCACUUUGGACUUAGUAUCGGAAAGGACUCUUCAUGUUGAUUCAGCUGAUGCGGUCCACGGAAAAAGAAGAUAUUCCAGAUUUAAAUAAUAACAUCGACUUUCUCAGGAAAGGGUUAAUAAACAGAAAAUAAGGCUUGAGUUCACUGCGUUGGCAACGCUGACGCGUGGUCACAUGACAUGCGCGCAGCGCGAUGAACAGCCUAUAUAUUCCCGCUCGUUAAAAACAUAUACAAAACUGCGAGUUGGCUCUCCCGCUGUAAAUGGUAGCACCCGGAAUCAUUUUUCAUCGGUAGACGUCACAAAUUCUCACUGCAGACCUUUUCCGCAAUAACACCAGCUGUUAGUGUGCAGCGGAGCGAAGAUUAGGAUUUUAAAAUUUGAGUUUGUUUUGAAUGAAUGAAUGAACUCACCGAUCCUUCUACCAGAAUGUUGUUUCUGUUGUCUGCCUCUCAUUUUCGCAGGAAAUAAAGCUGUCUGUUCGAGUGUGUGAAAGGUAAGGCGUUUUUGAGUGUACUAUACUGGUUAGAGAGGUAACACAGAGCUUAUGGGGAAUAUUCAAGCUAUUCGCUGACCAUUCCAUUUUGCAUUUUGCAUUUUGCUCGGGAGUUGACACACGAGGAAUAAAAUAUUCAUUCAACUCGAGGAAUUUUAACAACACAAUGCAAUAUUACUGUAAAUAUCCAACUACACUGCUGUUCUUGUUACCCUACUUAAGCCGAGCUUGUCAGAUGUAUCAAACCAUUGAACAUUCCAGACGAGUUCAGUGUGAAUGGUGAACACAUUCACACUAACUGCUUGUUUUCGAAUGAAGGACCAGAUUUCUGUUGCCUGCUUUACAGUCUCUGAAUAUUUCAUCCAUUACUUCAAGAAUUGCCUCAUUUGAUGUUGUCAUUCAGAAAUUAGGGGACUAGUCUUACUUUUGAAAACAGAAAACUCACCCAGAAAAAUUGCGUGGAGGGUGCUCGAAGUGUGUUGUCGUGAGCCCUUCUGAAAGGUGCGAUAAUUAUCAGUCAGUAAGCUUGGGAUUAUUCAAAUUUUUUCUGGCUGGUCUGAACCGGAAAUAAACGAAAUUCAACAUCACUUUCUUUCCUUCUUUUGGCAGAAUGUUAGAAAGGAGCCAUUUAUGAUAUAGUUAUUUGAUACCAACUUUGAUUGUCGAAUUGCCAUCUGUGAAAAGUCCUUGUGGAGAGUGAUGGACACACUUGGACUAGUAACCAUUACAAUCCAGCAAAUAUAUUUGCUCACACACAAUUAGUGUGAAAAUGUCAUGGGACUUAGUGCUGGAGAAUAACCAAUAACAUUCCUCAGUGAUAUCCCAUGAUUUUCCAAAUUAUAUGUCUAAUGAGAUAAAAUUCUUAGUUUAGAAUGCAAUUUAAAGUGAGAGAGCAUUCCAUAGUGAUAGUAAAAGGUUCAUAUAUGUUUGUUCUUAAAGUGUCACCUGACAAUGUUGAGAGUGAACAUCCCUUGUAGUGAAAAAGGAAAGCUGCUGGUAAACAUUUCAUUUGAAGCAUUGCAAAACUAUUUGAAGGAUACAGUAGCCUCCAUUUGGCAUGAAAAUAUGCCUGUCUCUUAGUCUUUGGACAUUCUCUGUCACCUCAAAGCUCAAAUUUCUCCUUGAGCUUUACUCGUGGAAACAUGCUUUACUUCUUUGAACAGAUAAGGGUGGUAAACAAAUAUCUAAUCAUAGUUUUGCACCAAAUUGACCAGUCUAUGAAGAAAUGUAUGCUGUCAGCCCAUGUCAUGAGAGUGUUACAAAGCUGUGCUCUUAAUUGAAUCAGAAUUUGCCUGGCUCUCAAAAGCCUCCAUACAGGAAAAGAGGAACAAGUUGCCCAAAGACAAACUUUCCUCUAGCAUCUGAGCUCUUUUAGAGCAUGGCUGAGGGAGAGAGUUAAGACUUGGUUGCAAGCAGCCAAGUGAAAAAGUUAAAAGGUUUUGUUUGAAGCUAAAUGUUAAUUUCUUCUAGUCUCAGUCUCUUUUGUAAAAGAAGUUUGAAGGAUGGAUGCCAUAGAGUUGGGGCGUCAAGCAAUUCUUGCUCAUGAGGCUGGAGCACUCGAGCAAGCAUUAAUGCUAUUUACACACAGCAUACAACUCACACCUCCAAACAGACCUCACUAUGCUGGCAAACUACUGAGAGAAAGAGCAGAUUGUUAUUGGGAGUUGCAACGUAAAGAAGAUGCAUGCAAUGACAUGAAGAGAGCUUUAGAGCUAUUCCCAGGAAUCAGGGAUGGUGCAGAGAAAUGGGUACACAGAGGUUUUGAAGCCAAUAAAGAAGAGAGCUGGUCUGUUGCCACUCAGUGUUAUACCUAUUCACUAUUAUUCUGUCCUCGCAACAAUAUUGCUUUGCUGUCCACUUUGUAUGCAUCAAGAGCAGAAACAAACUACCGAACAGGGAGAUUUGUGGAAGCACGCAGUGACAUUGCAAAUUGCUGGAAGGUUGAUCCUGCUUUGGUUAAGCAGGAAGGCAGGCGCUGCAAGGAUAAAGGCAUUCGAUUAUAUCAAGCUCACAAGUACAAUCAGGCCAUUGUUUCUCUUGGACUGGCAAAGGAGUUUUUGCCACGUUCUAUGAAGGAAUUUCAUGCACAACUACAAAGCUAUUUGGCAUCUUGUUAUUUUAGUCUGCAGCAGUAUCCAGAAGCAUUAGAGGCUGGUAAAGAGGCAUACAAGACCAGGCCAGGGAGGGUGCAGGGUGAGGCAAAAAGGUGGAAGGAAAGAGGUAAACAACUUUUUAAAGAAAAUAGGCUGGAUCUGCUUGUUGACUGUUACUCCAUAGCAAUCAACUAUGCUCCCACCAGUGAUCGAGAACUGCUGGCACAGCUGCUCUGUAAUCGCUCACUGGUCCAUAUAAGAAAUGACAUGUAUAAGGAGGCAGUGUUGGAUGCUGAGCGCUGUGUCAAGAUUAGGAACAACUGGUCAAAAGCUCAUUAUAGGCUGGGAUCAAGCUUGGCCGGUUUAAAGCGUUAUAAAGAAGCAAUGGAUUCCUUUGCUACAGCUCUUGAUCUUGCUGAAACUGAUGAGGAGAAGUAUGACACUCUGUUACAGAUCACCACUGUAGCCCCUGAGGUGAAAGAUGGAACCAUGGGUGUAAAUGAAGCAUUUUGCUCUCAAAUCAUUAUCCAGAGAGCUGUAGAUGAUGCAGUAUCAAAGCAGAACUGGGAGAGGCUUCGUGUGUUGUUUGUUGGUGGAGGAGGCCCUUAUGAUGCUCCUGUUGGAAAAGGAGGGCUAGCAAGUGGAUGUGAUUCCUCUCAAGUGCCUUUAGAUCUGGUCAUAGCAUCAAGUGUGGCCUACAAAUCAAACCUAUUGACAGUUCUAUUGGAGUUUGGGGCUUGUGUGGAUGGACUGCCAUUGUGUAAAAAGCCUCCCUUAUUGAUAGCCUUGGAAAUAGAGGAAUUUGACAUUGCAUCUAAGCUGAUAAGUGAGGGUGCUCACUUGGCCUGUGUUUCAAAUCAGCCUCAACUCCAAUCAAAGGCACAAGCAAAGUUCUGGAAAGGAGAAGCUAACAAGGUAGUCAAAUGCGGGGAAACAGAGAAAGUCUCGCAAUACUACAAAUUAGCAUUAGAGUAUACUCCAAAGCAAGCCAUAGAACUUAAGAGGGAAUGUUUGGAUGCAUUAGCUGACAUCUGUUUUGAGGGCAACAAGUUUACAGAGUGCAUUGAAUAUGGAGAAAAAGGAUAUGAAGUUAAACCUAUGAAGAACAAGGAAUCUGUUCAGAAGUGGAGAGAACGAGGAAACAAAUUGUUCAAAGAGAGAAAGUAUGAGCUGGUGGUCCAAUAUUACUCAUUAGCAAUGGAGUAUAUACCAGAGACCAUGGAGAAUAUGCAAAAGAUGAGUGCAGUCUUGUUGAGUAAUCGAUGUGCUGCUUACUUGAACCUGCAGUGUUAUGACAAGGCGAAGGAAGAUGCUGAAAGAUGUGUACAGAUUGACCCUCAGUGGUCUAAGGGGUACUACCGUCUUGGUUCUUGCUUGAACUACCUCGGUCAGAACCUGGAAGCCCUCAGAAGUUUUUGUGAUGGACUUAAAAAAGCAGAGACAGAUGAUGACAAGUUUUCCCUAGCGUCACAUAUAAUUUCUAAUGCCGUAAAUGUCAAAGAUGGAACACUUGCGAUAACCUGCCGCAUUCCCAGAGCUACUGCACAGAGGCUAAUCAAAGACGUCUGCGCCAAGAAGGAAUGGAACAAGCUGCAAUUGCUAUUCCUUGGAGGUGAUAGUCAACGGUCAUUUGCGAAAGGUCGUGGAGGUGUUGCAACUGGAUGUAAUGCCGGAAUUGUUCCCAUUAGUCAAGUGCUUGAGUCAUCUGUUCACGACCGUGACAAACUAAUUGCUGUGUUACUUGAUCAUGGCGCUCUUGCUAACGGUUUGCACGGUUCAAAACACCCACCCUUAUCUGUUGCUUUGGAAAUGGAACAUUACGGUAUUGCGUAUACCCUAUUGAAGCAUGGAGCUGAUCCAUCCGGGAUUUGUUGUUCAAGAGUAACAGGGUCUCAUCACCGUGAGAACCAAGGUCAUUUCUGGAAAGACGAAGGCGUGAAGGCUUUGAGUGCAAAGGACUACAUUCAAGCUAUCAAAUUGUUGAAUUUAGCUCUUCAGUUUCCUAACAAUUCAGCAGAUUUGAGUUACAUUGUGAACAACUCACUGGCGACAGCAUAUUUUGAAACAAAACAAUAUGUGAAGGCAGUGGAGAAAGGCCGGGAAUGCUUUAAGGUUAAACCAACCAAAUCGCAGACGGAAGCAAGCAAAUGGAAAGAGCGUGGCAAGAGACUGUUUUCUGAAAAGGAAUUCUCCAUUUUGGUUGAGUAUUACACCCUGUCCAUGCAAUAUGUUCCAAGCAACGACAAGGAAUUUCUGGCCACUCUACUUUGCAAUCGUGCUCUGGCUCAUUACAACAUCUGCAAUUACCAACAAGGUCUUACAGACGCUAAGAGCUGUACAAGAUUCAGGCCAGAGUGGUACAAGGGUUUCGUGCGACAGGGAUUUUGUCAUGCUUGCUUGGAUCAGAACAGAGAUGCGGUGAGAGCCUUGGGUGAAGGAUUAAAAAGGGCAGAGAAUGAUGGAGACAAGUUUGUAAUACUUUCUCAAAUCGUGGAUUUGGGCCUUAAUUUGUCAGAUGGAACUUCCAGUAUAACGUGUAGUGUACCAAACCCCACUCUGGAAAAGCUGAUCAAGCAGCUGUCCGAAAAAAAGGCUUGGGACAAGUUACAUGUCCUUUACCUCGGGGGCGGAGGACCCCAGCGCUAUUCACCAGGGGAGGGUGGCCUAGCGACUGGUAUUGAUGCAUCCGAGAUACCUAUCGAGCUUGUGUUUGGGGCUGCUGAAAAGUACCGGGCUCCUCUCAUCGUGGCUCUUUUGGAAAAUGGUGCCUCCUCUAACGGACUGGGUAAAGCAAUCAAGUGUCCUCUGGAACUAGCCAUAGACAAUGAAGAAUACAACAUGGUGGUUACACUGCUACAGUAUAACGCUGACCCGGCUUGUAUUAUGAGUAAGGCAGGCGAUUCACUUCUGCACCAAGCUUUGAGGCAAGCAUUUGCAACCGGGAGCACUGGACUAAUUCAAGCCCUUCUUGACUCUGAGCUGUUUGACCCUGACACGGUGGAUAGCAGUGGCAACACGCUCUCUCACUUAGUGGCUUUUGGAAAUUGCUCCAGGAGAAAGUGUGCGAUGAUCAGUGUCCUAACAGACGCGGGAGCCAAUCCAAUGGUAAAAAACACGGAAGGCAAGGUCCCACUGGAUUAUCUAACCAAGAAAGACCCACGGGCAAAGUUGAUCAGGCAAGCCAUUAACUCGUAUAAGAGUGGCAAGAAGUCGGGUGGUGGUAAGAGGAAGAGGAAAGUGAUAAAACUACCAGGAAAGACAGUGCCUGGACACGAAACAACAGCAGAAACAGCAGCAGGAGAGGGAGGAGUCCAGGAAGAGGCAGGGGAUGAGUGGUGUAAUGCUGCGGAUAAGGAUGUCCCAGAAAGCAACCAUCGAGUUGUAAAAGUGAAAGCUGAAGAUAAAAAGCCUAUGCCAGUAGCCGUGCUGGUGAAGAAAGAUCCUCUGGAUGACCUACGUACGAGCAUCAAGAGCAUGAUCGAAUGCAUCAGUGUUGUUAACAACUCAGAGAUGGAAACUACCGAAGAUGACCUCAGGCUUCAGCAGCACGACAAAGAAGAACAGUGUGACUCGCAUCAUGUCCCCGACAUCGAAAGAAUCAUAAAUGACGACGACGACGACGAUGAAGAGGUAACCGAAGGAGAAUUCGAGGUAGACCUAGAGUCCCCCUUUGAAGAUUUGCCCUGGGAAGUGGACUGUACAGAUCAAUUCUGGAAGGCUCUACAGAACACUAACGUCAGCGAUUCCUUGAAGCGACGCAUUAUCGGUAGGAUUCGGAUGCUGGCUGAGGGACGAUGGACAAAAACGCUUUGCAGGAGGUUGGAUGGCAUUCCAAAGAAACGCAAUAUCAUGCUGUUUGAGGCAAAAUUAACACGAGCUUCUCGGAUUAUUUGGGAACUGACAGUUGCGUUUUCAGCCAAAUGCAGUAAUGAUCCCGAGUUGAGAAUGCAAAUGGAAACAUCUGCUGGGAGAAUUUACUCUGAAAUCAUUCGUGUUUGGGACAUUGCAGCGGACCGAGAUGGCCUUAUGGCGAAAGUUGAGAGCAUCGUGAAGUCUCAUGAUAGAGGAUUGAGUUGUAUUGUCAAGAAAAAGUUGUCUGGAUUCAGGAAAGGGAGUGACAAAGUAAAGAAUGUCAGUGGUGAACGCCUGCCAAAUUUCUUUGUUGAGCUGUCUGAAAAGGUAGAGGAUUUCUCGCAAGCGAAGACAACAAAAAUUGAGAAGUCCUCUGAUAAAUAUAAAGGUUCUCAGUUCUUCUUCCCACCAGCAAGUCCAAACGAUAUGGAGUUCCACAUUCUUAAAUUCUACUCCUUUUCCUCGCUCUUAAUUAACUCUGUUCUUCACAGUAACCCUGCAGCCAAAGUGGACUUUCCCUUCAGAGUUACCGAGCUUGAGCACGCUAUUAUCAACUUGCGUCCUAGUCAACCGUGUCCUAUCAUUCUUCUUGGUCGAAGUGGGACCGGUAAGACAACCUGCUGUUUAUACAGGUUGUGGAAUGAGUUUCAGUUUUAUUGGGAGAAGGCGGCUACUGCUGGACCUCAUAUCCCUAAGGUAACGCAGUAUUUGCCCAAAGCUGAUUCGUGUAGAAGUAUCACAGCUUGUGAGCUUCCAGAAGAAUUACCCCUUCAGUCGUCAAGUUUCAGAGUACUAGAAGACAUUGACGAGCAUUCACCAUCAGACGAGUUUAUCAGAGCUAAGGAUGCACGGCGCAAAGACUACGAAGAAGGCGACGAUACGGUCGAACCUUCCGAGUUUGAGGAAGUGACAGACGCCCAAUAUGAACAUCUUCAUCAGGUCUUCAUCACAAAAAACCCAGUGCUUUGCAACGAGGUUCAGAAGAAUUUUUCUGAGCUCAGGCAUGCCUUUCAUGCGGUAAGGGAACACGCAGAGAAGGAAGCCACAGCUCUGAGUUUCAGAAUUCAAGAUAUUGAUGAUGCAGCUUGGCCUCUAUUUAUAAAUUCUCGUGACUGGUUGCUUUUGUUAGAUGCAUCUCUUCCGGGCUGCGAGUUCUUUCCUCGUGACGAGGAUGGUAGUCUGUUGAGAAAGAUUUACGGAUGGGGAGAAGAAGAAUGUCACUUGGUGGCUAUUGAGGACGAUUCCGACAGUGAAGUCGAGGAGCAAGACGACACACAUGCCAAUGACAUUGAUGAUGUUGUGUGUAAUCGAUCGGACCCCAAGAGUUUUGACCCCAGACGCGAGGUCACCUAUGUUGUGUUUGUAUCGGAGCUGUGGCCAAGAAUGAUGAAGAAAGUAAAGGCUCAGUACCAUCCAACUCUAGUCUGGACUGAAAUCCGAUCGUUCAUCAAAGGAUCCGUCGAGGCCUUGCAUACUGAACACGGUUUCUUGACUUUGGAAGAAUAUUCAGAUCUUGGAAGGAAGCGAGCUCCAAACUUCUCUGCCGAUCGUGACGUUGUUUACUCUCUUUUCGUUGUGUACCAGAACACUAAACGAUCAUUGCGAAUGUUCGACGAAGCUGACGUCGUUCACAACAUUUAUACUCGUCUGCAGAAAGUUCAAGUUCCUGAUUGGUCUGUUCAUCGAUUUUACGUUGACGAAACUCAAGAUUUCACUCAAGCUGAACUGUGUUUGCUGAUCCGUUGUAGCCGCGAUCCAAACGGUCUUUUUUUCACCGGUGACACGGCUCAAAGUAUUAUGAGAGGAAUUGCGUUUCGCUUCAACGAUUUGAAAUCAUUGUUCUUUUACUCGCAGCAAUCUUACCAAGCCCUUGGUUUCCAGUCGGGAGUUAGGGUCCCAAAUAGACUUUAUCAGUUAACACACAACUAUCGCUCGCAUGCAGGAAUUUUGCGGCUUGCCUCCAGUGUUGUGGACCUGAUACUUCAUUACUUUCCAGAGUCUUUUGAUCGCCUUGAGAAAGAUCAAGGAUUAUUUGAAGGACCUAAACCCGUGCUGUUAGAGUCAUGUAGUUUCGGUGAUUUAGCAAUGAUUCUUCGAGGAAACCGUCGGCAAUCUUCGAGAAUUGAGUUCGGUGCGCAUCAAGUCAUACUUGUGGCCUCGGAAGAAGCUCGGAAUCAGAUGCCCGAUGAGUUGAAACAAGCACUAAUCCUAACAAUUUACGAGUCGAAAGGCUUGGAGUUUGAUGAUGUCCUUAUUUACAACUUCUUCAAAGACUCCCAGGCUAAAAAAGAGUGGCGAGUCGUGACCUCUUACAUAAAAGAGCUGUCGGAAGGAAGGAUCCCAGACACUUCGGGACUGAUAGAACUUGCUGAAGAGGACUUAGAAAUAACAUCGCGUCCCCUUGACUUUGAUUCAGACAGACACAAGGUACUCAACUCUGAGUUCAAAUUCUUGUACACAGCCAUUACCCGGGCCAGGGUCAAUGUGUGGUUCUUUGAUGAAGAAGAAGAAGCCCGGGCUCCAGUCUUUGAGUAUUUCCAAAAGCGUGGCCUUGUUCGCGUGAUACGAAUGUCAGGUGAAGCUAAUGAAACAGAUCAGCUGACCAGUAUGUUCGUUGAGAAGUCGACGGAAGCCGAGUGGUGCCAGCAAGGGCAUUAUUUCUAUAACAAGGAGCUCUGGGAGGUGGCUGUGAAAUGCUUCACAAUGGCGAGCGAUCAAGUCAUGGUAAAGAAGAGUCAAGCCCAGCUGCAGGCCGCUGAAGCAAGCAAAAUUAAAGGUAACCCUAAGCUGAUGAGAGCACAGUUCCUGAAGGCUGCUAAUCAGUUUUUACAGUGCGCUAUGUUGGAUGAAGGCGCCAAGUGUUUGCAUAAUGCCUGCGAGAGACUGCUGUUGGCCAGACUAAAUAAGAAAUUAGGAAAGUUUGAGGACGCAGCAAAACUGCUCAGGAAGGAACGCCAUUACUUGGAAGCCAGUGAGUGUUACGAGAUGAUUAAUGAUUACCACCAGGCGGUGGAGAUACUGUGUCAAGGAAAUCUAUACAAAGAGGCUAUCGACACCUUACAGCGGUACAAGAGCCUGGUGGGAACUGAUGCUAGCAAAGGAGGAAUCCGCUCUCCUAGAGAGUCGCGGACGGUGGAACGACUUUGCCAUCAGCUGGCAGAAGAACAUUUCAGCUCUGGUCGUCUUGAUGAAAUGGUCUCCGUCCUAGAGGGAUUACCCUCUGCAAACGAUCGAAUCCUUUUUCUGGAGAAUCACGGGUGUGUUCAAGAAGCCAUGGAGGCACUGGUCGAUGAAGGUAGAUACGCAGAUGCUGGCAACCUCUUAAGCAAGAAUGGCAGAUUUAUUGAAGCGGUAAAGUUUGUACACACAAGAAGCUUUGCAGCCGAGUGCUUUUUGUCUGCAGCACGAUGUGCGCAGAAUCAUGCCUCUGUAAAUGAACGUCGUGAUUUAGUUGAGGGGUCUACUGAGAAAGCUUUGGAACUAUUUAAAGAUUGCAAUGAUGAGAACGGUCAAGCGCAAUGUUUGCUGAUUCUUGCGAGGUUGAAUAAAGAUGUAGAAGAUGCCGAAAGUGCUCGGAAGCUAUUUAACAAAGUAAACAAUAUUUGUGGCGAAGUAGAGGCAUGUCUCGAGCUUUUCACCAUUUUAAAUGAAGACGUUUCUCAUGUUGAUCUUCCUGGUGUCUUUGUCACAAGCCUGAACAGACUGUUUGGCCUUAUUAUGGCGCUCAACAAGCCUCAAAGAAGUGUCGUGGAGCUUCAGAAAGUGGAAAUGUGCGAGACGUAUUUUGGUGUUUUCAAGGGAGACAAAUCAGACUUGAGAUACGCUUUUGUCAAUAGCGGCGCGCUGUUCGUAACGUCUGUCCCUUACAGCCAAGAUGAAGUCAAGGUCGACAAAGUGGUACUCGAUGAGGGAACCGCACGAUGGCGGAUCGCAUGUUACAUGUGUGGCUUGGCUUUUGAACUAGUCCAGAACAUUAGUCAAACAGUAGAAUUCAGUGUACGAUUACAGGGCAUCUGUCGAAAGUCCCUCGUGGGCUUGACUUGCAAUCCUGAACAUUGUCAGCUUCAUCACGCUGAGUUCUCACAGGCACAUUUUGAAAAGCUGUUUAGUGCUUUGUGCACUCAAAUUCAUGUUAACGCCCUUGUACAGUUAUUCGCAGAUACCAUAGGCCGCUUUGACCCUCAGAGGAAGCUUUCUCAAAAGCUGCUCACCCGUGAAGUACAGGACUUUCAAGCGUGUCGGCAACUUUACGAUCUGCUCUUUCCAAAGAUGGGCUUGCAUAUUUCUUUCCUGGGCAAAGAACACGUUCGCUUUCUUCGCAGGAAUAGUGCUAUCAGAGAGCGCUUGUCAAGGUGCGCGGAGUUUUUAUGGAAGAUAACCAAGGAAAGCCAAAGGUGGGUGAACCCCAACAAGUUUAUUAAGAUCUCACGGAUCCUUAACCUGGUUGGACAACCUGGCAAGAUUGGGGCUUUGCUUUCCGUGGAGGAAAAAGGCUUUGCAAUGAGGAACAUGCCUUGCGAUGGAAUGCUCAAAGACAAAUACCAUGGAGGUUUCCGCAGCUUCUUCCGUUUGUUUCACGAAGGUAACUCUAUCCUCCAUGUGUACGGCGAUGUCUUGAAUGCUGCACACUCCUUUAUUAGGAGAUUCUUCAGCAUGAUCGCAUGGAGGUCUUCCAUUCCAUUUCCUUCAGCUGCUAACACGAGUGCAGUCUUUGAGCACCAAUUAGUCUCCUGUCUGGCAUUGUUUGCAUGUCUGUUUAAAGACUACGAGAAUCCAGUGUGUCUCCCCGAGAGCUACCUCCAUCUGAUUGGGUUCUGGGACGCAGUACACGGUUCAGACAAGUUCCCUUCCUUGUUUAGUAUCGUUGAAGCUACAGCCGCAAGAAUUCCUUCUUUCAAAGGAAUCCGAGGAAUCCAGCGUUUACUGGAGUACACAGUCCAGCUGAUGUCGGGACAAGUCCACUGUCGGUUCAACUUAAUAACCAGUGCUUUCAGUGUCAGUUCAUUUAAGCGCGUGCUGUCAGGUGAAUCAGAGAGAAUUAUGAUACUGGCUAUGACCAUGUUGUGUAACUACGGUAGUGGGAUCCCAGCAGCACCAUGCGGCCGUCUCAUCGAAUCCUUGCGCAGUGUCACCGUUCACCCAUUUUUGCCUGUUCGAAUGCAGAGGGCAUUGGAAGCCGUACAAAAUGCCAACGGUGUUCAAGACAUUGUUACUGCAACGCAAACCUUACUAUCGCAAAGGAACGAAGCUUUAUUUUCAGUUCGUUGGUGUAACGGAGGGUUCCUCACUGCCGAGGUGAAUGUUGCUUUCUUCAAAAAUUCGUUCAGUGCUGAUUCGGCUCCUUGGCAUUCGCAGACCUCUAACUCGAGUGAGCCACCUGUAGAUGUCUACUCUCCAUCGGAGUUUCAGAUGCCAACAGGAUACCUGGAGGAACAGAGGAAGGAGCGCGCUUUAGAAACCGAGCGUGAGGAGGCAGCCAUAAAAAUCCAGCGAUGGUUCCGCCGAAUCAAAUGGGAAACCCCGGAAACUACACCUUGUGAUAAAGUUGAAGAGCAGCCAGCGGACUCUGUUCUACUCCACUUUGAGCGUUUUAAGGUGGACACCUCAGCUUGUAGUAUAUGCAGAGUGCACUUCAGCGACAAGCCCGAUGGUGUAAAGUACGAGUCGCACAUUGUUACAGAGAGUCAGCACUGGCGUCAGCUGCGUUUAUUCAAUCAAUACAAACAGCUGUUUCUCGGAAGAAUCUGGCCUCUGUUUGAGGCUGAGAAGGAACUUCGUGAACAGUUGAAUGCACUAUCUGGGCAGAAUAGGGUUGGUUCGCACGAUUUUGGUCUCGAUGUCCAGCGGCUUGACCAUGCUGGCGCACGCGUUGGAGAGUGUGUGCGAGAAAUCGAGUCCCAUUGUAUGUGGGGUAAUACGGAUCGCUUGAUGCAUGAAGUCGAGGCUUUGGGUGCAACUGUUAACGAAGUUCAGGAAAUUGUAAGGCAAGACCAACAGAAACUGCGGGGUGGGGAUGCAACGGUUGAAAGAAGGGAUUACCCUGAAGAAAAUGACGAUUUUGCUGAUGAAGAAGACAUCUUGGAUUUGUGUGGGCCUAAAGACGGUGCAGCCAAAGGGGGAGGAGGAGGAAAGCGAGGUGGCAAGAAAAGGAACCGGGGAAAACGCGGGCGUGAUAAAACACGCUUUAGACAGUCGUGAACAUUUAGUUCUGUGAGGAGUGCUUGGUAAUGAGAGUUAAGACCAUUUCUUAAAUGCAGCUUUGGCAGAAGCUUUUUUGUUGUGUUAGCAAAUGGUCUAUGGUAAAAAAAAAGAAAAUGAAAAAAGAAAAAAGUAUCCAAGUGGUCUUUAUCUCAGUCCAGUUGAAAGAACUGUUAUCGUUUACCUCCCCCCCCUCCCCAUAUUACUUCAUUGCAAAUACAUAUUUCAAUAUUCAAGAGCAGUUGCUCAAAACUUAAUGAAGAAAUAUUGACAGAAAUGCUGCAUUAUCUUCUAACUUUGAGCAUCCGUUAGGACUCUGUUGAUUGUUUUGUUUCAAUGUUUAGUCAAUGCAGAAUGGAAAAAAUAACGUUACUUGUCUUUGGCUAUUGAGUCACCAUUUAUACAUGGCUUCUACUUGAAUACUUGAAUAAGUGUUAGGUGCUUGAGGGGUAGUUUUCACAGGCAGACUUGAGUAAGUGCUUAUGUUUCCUGUAUGACUUCAAAUUUAUUUAAGGUGUUAACCGAUAAUGGAAAAUAAAGUUAACUUUUAUUGAA